GCACCGUUUAAAAACAGUAUUUCAAACAAACAUCCACACACACACACACACACACACAUAUACUACUAUUAUAUAUAUAUAUAUAUAUGUGUAUGAUGAAUAAUUAUAAGUAUGCGCAUUCUCUGCAUAUAUAUGGUGGUGUUAGUCUACUCCACCACUAUCCAUUAAUUAUACUCUCGUGGAUUUCAGAGUUCUUUUUCAAACUUCUCUUCAUAACCGCGCUCGAAUGCACUUAUCCGUUGAAUAUUCUAAUAGAGCUUGGAGAGAGAAACUAUACUUUUUAGAGAGAGAACGUUUUGGAGAGGUAUUCAUCAUUGAUUUGAUAUAGCCAUUCAAACCGAUCAUCAAUCGAUCGUAUUCUUGAAGAUUAUAAAAAGGCUCUUUCAAAUACUCAGUCAAAGCUGAUUGAAAAGUUCGAAUCCGAGGCAAAUUGCAAGCUCGUGUAGGUGUUGUUUGUUCUUCUUCGUGGAUUGGUGUUUGGAUUGAAGGAAUAGUGUUUGUGAAAAGGUUAAAGAGAGGGAAACGAGUACCUUUUGGCUUGCAUUUUAUAUAACACACCAAAAGAGAGACUCACUCUAGCAUGCGAGAAUUCGAUACCCAUAAAGGAGAGAAGAACAAUGCAGAAUAUGAAGCACAAGGUUGAUGAUAACAGUGAAGUUGCGAAGCCGAAAGAGAGGCACAUUGUUACAUGGUCUAAAGAGGAGGAUGGUAUACUUCGUGAGCAAAUUCGCAUCAAUGGAACUGAAAAUUGGGCGAUCAUUGCUUCGAAAUUCAAGGAUAAAACAACAAGACAGUGCAGAAGAAGAUGGUACACUUACUUGAAUUCUGAUUUCAAGAAAGGGGGAUGGUCUCCGGAGGAAGAUAUGCUUCUGUGCGAGGCUCAAAAAAUAUUUGGUAACAGAUGGACUGAAAUAGCAAAGGUGGUUUCAGGCAGAACAGACAAUGCUGUUAAAAAUCGGUUUUCCACCCUGUGUAAGAAGAGAGCAAAACAUGAAGCCUUAGCAAAAGAGAACACUUCAUGCAUUAAUCCUAACAACAAAAGGGUCUUAUGUCAAAAUGGGUUCAAUACAGAUGGAAUAUCAGAAACCGAAGCUCCUCUUAAGAAGAUGAGGAUCCAUGUCUCUAAUCUCACCGAAAAGAGCAACCAUGGAGAAAUAAUACUCAAGGACUGCGCAACAACAAAUCAGCAGCUAAGACCUCCAUUUGCAGUACUGGUACAGAACUUUCACAAUCUGGAUGACUUGCCAACUCAGCAUCAUGUCAGCAUUGCCAAAGAGUGCUCAGAUGAUGCAGCUAGUAAUAACAAGACUAGAACAUUUCUCAAAAAGGAUGAUCCAAGGAUAUUUGCAUUGAUGCAACAAGCAGAACUGCUAAGCUCUCUUGCCGCCAAAGUUAAUACAGAGAACACACACCAGAGUCUUGAAAUUGCAUGGAAGAUUCUCCAAGAUUUUCUAAAUCAAACCAAAGGAAGUGACCUGCUCAGAUUCGGACUCUCUGAUAUGGAUUCUCAAUUCGAAAAUUUUAAAUACUUGGUAGAGGACUUAAGGAGCAGCAACGAGGGCAGUCAAUCGUCCUGCAGUUCUGAGUACAGUACAGGAUCAACUCUCCUGUCCAAUACGACAGGUGAUAGAACAGAACAAAGUCAACAUGAGUUGUGUGCCCUGCAUCAGGAUAUUGGAGUACAAUCCAUUCACAUAGGAGACCAAAUUAAUUUUGGUGAAUGUCCACUGCAUCAGGAUAUAGGAGUCGAGUUACAAUCCAUUCCCACAGGAGAGAGAGUUGGUGUCAAUGAAUGUGAAAGCAGAAUUCUCUCUGGUGAAACCACAAAUCAAGAAUUUAGUUCCCCUCUUCAAGUAACCCCACUGUUCAGAUCUUUAGCUGCAGGGAUUCCAAGCCCAAAAUUUUCAGAAAGCGAAAGGCACUUUCUACUGAAAACACUUGGAAUGGAGUCCCCGUCUUCAAAUCCAACCACUAAUCGUUCCGAUCCUCCACCCUGCAAAAGGGCCCUACUCCAUAGUCUAUGACCAACCUCACUGAUCCAUCUCACAUACAUUCUUGUGGGGUUUACAAGCAUUAUAAUCACUCAUCUCUAAGUUUUCAACAUAUGUAGAGUUGUUACGUUCUCUUCCCGUGUUCAUUUUUUUUUGAAUCGCAGUCAUCCGACCUAGAGUUUUUACAAAAAAAGGCCUACUUAGAUCUGCAUUUCAAUCUAGAAUGUUAUGGUGCAUUCUAGUAUUCCCGACAGAUCUAACAAUAUGUUCUGCAUUCCUUUUUAGUGUUAGCAGAACAUACACUCACUUUAAUUGUCAGUGUGUUUUGUUAAAGUGUGCCAUUCUUUUUUAUGUCUUCGUAUGGGAUCGGGAUCCAGGUUAUUCCUUCCCCAUUACAGUUUUUGGUCUUGAUUUCUAUAUGUACAGAACUUGGAGUAGUACAAUUCCAUACCCUUUCAGAGUGCAAUUUUACAUCGGCAUCUCGCCUAUAUUACCAGUGCAGAGAAAGAAAGAAAAAAAAAAAAAAAAAGAAAAAAAAAAGGGAGGAGGAUCAACCAGUUAAAUUGGACUCCUUUUGUUUGUUUUUUAGGUGUGCAGAAGGUAUAGGAUUAAUUAUUACUGGUGUUGGUUUAGUUCUUUAUGUAAUAUAUAUCUUACAAUGUUUUGAGUGGAGAAUAUGAUAUAUGGUGUUUCGUGUGCAUA